UACACAUAUAAUCUCAGUAAAGAAGUGAGGUACUGAAGUAUAGGCUCUUGCGUGUUUAGUUUUUGUGUUAGUUUCGUUUUGUACUCACGUGUCCUCUACAGAGCUUUGUACAGCAGCAGCUCUCCGUCGGAGGACACAUGGCCGUGCAGAGAGGCGUCGCGUUCCAGGAGAAGGUCAGGCGGCAGCUGAGCGGACACAACGGGAAACCGGUGCUGAAACCCAACAAGGCUCUGGCUCUGAGAGACGCUGUAGCCAACCGCAAACUCAAGAAAGGAGAGGCGACCUGUGUCACACAGAUGUCAGUCCUGAUGGCCUGUUGGAAGCAAAACAACUUUGUGGACAACCUGUGCUCUAAUGAGAUCAACACCUUCUAUAUCUGUGUAGCGAAGGCUCAGGCAGCUAUGAAGAAUAAAUCUGAACAGAGGAACAUCCAGAGUGGACCACUGCCACCAAAACAAGCCACAGGCUUGCUAAAGCGAUACCCCAACCUGUGCUCUGAGAUCUAAGAAAGAAACUGUUUAAUGCAUUUGCUAUACAGGCUCAAAAUGUGCAGGAUAACAGAAUCGCCUUUUGACUAAGUUCUGGAAGUGGGUUUCAUCAUGUUAAGGUGGUCAGAGUUGUCAACUACAGCAUGACUCAAAAACAUGGUGCCAUAUUUAUUUCAAUAAAAGAUAAAUAAAGCAAGAGGUAGACUACUGAAAACAGUGAUUUCAACACAAACACAACAACAUUCUGUGACAGACUGUAUUUAAAGCACAAUGUGUUUUACAGUUGGAAAUAUCAGGAAACUUUCCCUUCAUCUCCUGGAUUGAUUCUGAUGUCUUUUUGGCUCAAUCCAAUUUGGCACUCUGGCUUCAUUCAGUGCAGCGGUUUCAUUAGUGGAUGUGAUGGAAUUAUUCUUCUUGGAUUUCAUGGUUCCUGGCCAGAAGUUUACUAUUACCCUGAAGACUAGGAAUGCCUUGUCAUUUCUGUGGAAAUUGGGAUUAAUAAAUACAUGUUGGAAUGAAAUCAACACCACAGUUAGACAGUCUGACAUAGAUUAUCAAUAAACAAAGCCCAGCGUGGUCAAUGAGGACAUUCCUAAAUGUAUUAAACAGUUGUUGAUCCAUUUAUUCUUUUGUUUCUUUUUCUGAUUGUGCCCAGUGUUUCUGUCUGUCAUGUUGCAACUCUUGACUACAAAAAUUAAAGAUUUGUGAGUCCUGUUUCUGUACACAUUGUCCCACAAUGCACUCUACAAAGUAAAUUUUGUGGAGCUGCCAACCGCUACAAAAAAGAUGACAGUGGCAUUGAACAAUGCAAGAUUAAUGCCUAUAUGUCUUUACACAUGCUGUAUUUAUUUUUUACAUCUGGAUAUAUGGAUAGAUAAACAAACUCAAUUGUUAAUGCAUGCCAUGCCAUUUGUGUUAACAGUAUAAAUCUAGCUGAAUUGUUCUAUUUUUCCAUCGACACAGACUCUUAACAUCAGCAUUCUACCAUGGAUGGAGAUAUUAACACCUUAAACAUUCUGUUGUCUUCGAGUAAAGGUUGGUUGCAGUG